AUGUCGGAUAGUUGGACAGACGGCAUCUUGCUCAAGAUCGCGAACAUCAUUGUUUACUUCUUGUUCCUCGGUUCCAAUGUCUAUACUGUAGCGGCGCCUCAUGAUAUCUACUUCACUUCAAGGGACACAUAUAUCACCCCUGCUCCAUGGGCCUUUUUGAUUUGGUCUCUCAUUCAUCUACUCCUUCUCGGCACUAUCAUCUACCAGUUCACACCCUCUGGUAAGAAGGUAAUCAUCGAUGGUAUUUCGUGGCGCUUCCCUCUUUUGGGCAUCUUGAAUGCGAUAUACGUGAAUUUGUGGGCGUCCCACCACUAUGUCGUCGCAUUCAUCUUUGCUCUGUUCGUAAGCAGUGCUGUCACCCACAUCUACUACAUCGUGAAGAAGUUUCACACACCUGCUAACGCCGGCGACGAAGUCUUGGUCCACUUGCCUAUCUCCCUCUACCAUGGGUGGACAACCGUCCUCGUCAUCCUAACCGCGUUUGACGCAUUUGGCGUCAACGCGCUUACUCACCCCGCUGGCGUUUGGACCAAAGUUUUCGUAUUCCUUGCUCUGUUCUUCCUCGAGGCAACUGCGGCAACUUAUGCUUUCUCCAGCCCUGAGGGUGACCUCCCUGCGAGCUUCGCGAUCACGUGGUCCCUCUUUGCGAUCUUCGCUCAUCAGAAUGUUCACCGCUCAGGGUUCAUCCACUGGUCCGCACUCGUGUUUGCAGUGCUUUCUGCAGUCUGGGUGUUCAGGGGUGUCUAUGGCAUGUUUACUCGGUUCAGGGGUGGCUCAAUCAUCUUGGACGAAGAGCGUGCCCCGCUUGUUGGUGGUCACAACUGA